ACCUUUACUAGUUAAUAAAAUCUAUGUUACACACCACGUGAGAUUCCAAACCCAGCUUGGUCCAUUUAUCAAAAAAAAAUACUUUGCGACCAAUUCAGUGAUCAUCAACCUUCCCCUUUCCCGCGACAUAUUCUUCCUCCAACGCCGUCGUUUAACCUCCAUCAACGACGCAACAACACCUUCCAUUCCGAUCCAUUCGCUAAUUCCAAUUCCUCCAUUAUUCAAUUAACUUUCAUUUUGUAUCUUCAUCCUUAAUCAAUCUCUGCGCACACCCAAUUUUUCUUGCCAUGUCCGUUCAACAUCUGCGAAAUUCUAGGGUUUCUCACCUCUUCCUAAUCUCCUUCUUAUUCUUCUUCGCCUAUUUUCCAGGUUUGGUAUUAUCUGCGGUGGUGACUCUAAGCUCGAUUGAAAUUUUCAAAACACAUGAGUGGCUAAAACCCACUCCAACUGUAUAUUUUCGAUGCACCGGUGACAAUAAGACCUAUUUACCUGAUGUUAAGAAAAAACAUCUCCUUUAUGCUUUUAAGGGUGAAGAGUCUUGGCAGCCCUUGACUGAAUUUAUAGGUAGAAAGUGCAAGCGAUGUGGAUUUUACGAGGAAGACAGAAUUCUUUCUGAUGAUGUAUUUGAUGAGUGGGAGCUGUGUCCUUCUGAUUUUGCCGCCCCUGAUGGCAAAUAUCUCCGCUUCAGCGAAAAAGAAUUUAAUGCUACCUUUCUGUGUCCCGAAUGCUUACUUUUUACUACCAAUGUUACUGUCUCUGCACCUGAGGGGAAUCACAAAGAAAAGGGAAUGCAUACAGGAGUCAUCAUUUUGCUAACCGUUUUGGUCUCAACUGUAGUGAUCGUGGUAGCAAUUGGUGCAUAUAAGUAUUGGCAAAAGAGGAAGAGAGAGCAGGAUCAAGCUAGAUUUCUGAAGUUAUUUGAAGACGGUGAUGACCUUGAAGAUGAGCUUGGUCUUGGCACAAUAAUAUGAUAGGUGAACAAAUUCCCUCCUGUACAGUAGGUUUUCCUCACAAUUUUGUUUCUGAAAAUAUAUUCUGGUUUGGAGUGCAACUUUGACGAGAAGAGAUUGUUCAUAGUUGUCAAUGUGGACAGCAAUAAUCUUACUGUUUAUAUAUUGACAUGUACAGACUACACAUAUUUUAUAGUAUGGAUAUGGCUAUUUGAUAAUUUAUCUGA